AUGGGAAAGACCAAUCAGUCCUCUGUGACAGAAUUUAUCCUUUUGGGACUUUCUGGCUAUCCAGAACUUGAGGUCAUUUAUUUUGUGCUGGUCCUAUGUAUGUACCUGGUGAUUCUGCUGGGAAAUGGAGUCAUCAUCAUUGUAAGUGUCUGUGACACCCACCUGCACACCCCCAUGUACUUUUUCCUAAGUAACUUAUCAUUCUUGGAUAUUUGCUAUACCAGUUUUUCUAUUCUCCUAUUUCUCAGCAGCUUCUUAACUUCAAAGAAAACCAUUUUCUUCUCUGGAUGUGGAGUGCAAAUGUUUCUCUCCUUUGCUAUAGGAGCCACAGAGUGUGUCCUUCUAAGCAUGAUGGCAUUUGACCGCUACGUGGCCAUCUGUAACCCUCUGAGAUACUCCAUUAUUAUGAGCAAGACUUCAUAUGUGCCCAUGGCUGCUGGGUCCUGGAUUGCAGGGGCUGUCAAUUCUGUGUUGCACACCUCUCUUGCAAUGCAGCUUCCUCUCUGUGGGGAUAAUGUUAUUAAUCAUUUUACUUGUGAAAUCUUGGCUGUCUUAAAAUUGGCCUAUGCUGAUAUCUCUAUAAAUGUGAUUAGCAUGGGUAUUGCUAAUAUAAUUUUUCUUGUGGUCCCAGUACUUUUCGUUUUUGUUUCCUAUGCUUUCAUUCUCUCCACCAUCCUGAAGAUUCCUUCUGCGGAGGGGAAGCACAAAGACUUCACUUGUUCUGACCACUUAACAGUGGUGAUUAUAUUCUAUGGAGCCAUCCUCUUCCUGUAUGCAAAACCCAAGGCUAAAGACUCUUCUAGUGCAGGCAAAAACAAAAUCAUCUCUCUUCUAUGGAGUUGUGGCACCUAUGUUCAAUCCCUUCAUCUAUAGUUUGAGGAACAAAGAUGUGGAGGAAGCUGUGAAGAAUGUAUUGUGUCGGAAAUGCUCCUCAGAGGGA